AUGAACUUAACAUUCUGGAAUGUUAGAGGAUUGAACAAAUCCUCUAAGAAGCACUUAAUCAAGCAUCACUUAUACCAAUAUAAAUCUUCUUUCAUUGCAAUGCUUGAGACUAAAAUUAGAGAAACUAAGAUAUCAGAUACUGCUCAGAAAAUUGCAAGAAACUGGAAAUGGACAUCAAAUGUCAGAAAUGCUGGAAAGGCUAGGAUUAUAAUCAUGUGGGAUCCAGAUAUUUUGGAGGUUCAACCAAUUGAUUUUUCUGAACAGCAUAUUACAAGUAGGGUGCAAUCAGUUGAUGGCAGAAUAAACUGUGUUAUAUCUGCAAUUUAUGGUCUUAAUGUAAAUGAAGCCAGGAAAGAUCUUUGGAUGGAGCUUUCUCAUAUGAAACAAAGCAUUGGAAAUUUACCUUGGUUGCUAUGUGGUGAUUUUAAUGCUAUGAUAACCAGUGAGGAAAAAUUAGGAGGUUCUCAGUUAUCUGAAGCUGAUACUAAAGAUUUCAGAGACUUUAUUGAAGUUUCCUUGCUGACUCAUCUGAAAACUCUUGGUUGUUUCUUCACUUGGAACAAUAAACAAAAUGCUGAAUCCAGAGUCUGGAGUAGACUUGAUAGAGCUCUGGUAAACGAUGAAUGGAUAAGUUCAUAUAGUGCCAGUCAUGUUGAAUUCCUCUUACCCAACUUCUCAGAUCAUUCUCCUGCCCAAAUCUCUAUCUAUGAAGAUUCUGCACAGGGAAAGAAGCCCUUUAAAUUCUUUAAGAUGUGGACAAAUCAUCCAAGCUAUGAAGCUGCAGUAUCUGAUAUUUGGAAAGUACCUAUUCAAGGAUGCAAGAUGUUCUCAAUUUGCAAAAAACUCAAAAUGCUGAAGGGGUCUCUGAAGGAUUUAAACAAGAAACACUUUUACAAUAUUGGUGAGCAAGUCCAAAGAUCCAGAAUUGCCUUAGAAAACAUUCAAAGUGAUCUGCAAGCUCAUCCUCUCAAUCCUGUGCUAAUAGCUCAAGAGAAAGAAUGCAUAUCUAAGUAUAACAGGCUGCUUGAUUGUGAACUGUCAUUUCAUCAGCAAAAAGCCAGGAUCAAUUGGAAUAUUCAUGGUGACAGAUGUACAAGUUUCUUCCAUAAUAUAACUAAAUCCAGGAAUCAUAACAAUAGGGUGGUGAUUCUAUACAACAAUUUGGGUGAAAAGAUCACAGAAGCUAAGGGGAUUGUGGAAGAACUGUUAUCCUUCUACAAAAAUCUUAUGGGUACUGCUGUGAAUACCACACCACCAGAUAUGAAUAUCAUCAAAAAUGGACCUUGCUUAUCAACCUCACAAGCGAAUGCUCUUAUUUCUCCAGUCACAAAAGAGGAAAUAAAAGAUGCUAUCUUCUCCAUUUCUGAAAACAAAGCUCCUGGGCCAGAUGGGUAUAGUAUGUCAUUUUACAAACUGCUUGGGCAACCAUAG